AUGCUCACAGCUAUUGCUGUCGCAGAGCUGCUGGUUGCUGAAAUCUCCCAUCCUCGUGUGGCUGCUGCUUGCUGUUGUAGGCUGCCUGGACCAGAUGGGGAAACGGGGCUGCUGGAGAAGAAAAGAAAGGAGAAGAAGAAGGGGAAGACAGAAGGGGAAACGGGAGAGGAAAGAGAGGAAGAGGGAGGCGGAGAAAGGGAGAAGAAGGAGAGAAGCGAUGGGAGAAGGGGAGAGGGAGGCGGCUGGUUAGAGUUGCUGCUGGGUCGAGCUGUUCCUGCUCGCCGGAACCUGCUGCCUGCAAAAGAAGAAGAGAAAGAGCAGAGGAAGGGGAAGAGAAGAGACGGAAGGGGAGAGAAGGCGAUGGGGGAGAAAGAGGGAGAAAGGGGAACGACGGGAGAGGGGAGAAGGACGGGAGAGAGAAAGAGGGGAAGAAGAACAAGAGGGAGAGGAGGAGAGAAGGAGGGGGGGGCGGCUGCCGAAAAAGGGAGAGAGAAGAGGGAGGCAGAGAGAGGGUGA